CACCAACUAUAGAGUAGUUUCAUUUGUUUAUACUCGAAAAGUGGUUGUCGCGGCUGUCGGUGAAGCAUUUGCAUGCAUUACGGUUUUGCUUAUUGGGCGCUCCGCGAAAGUGAAAGUUAAAAGAACAAAUUGCAGAAAUUAUGUAAAAUUUCGUGACAACUGUUUGUAUUGUUUUGCAAGCACAAAGAAGUGAACUUGUGAGUUUUUACGAUAAAUGGAGGCUGCGCCGGCACCAACCAACAAACGAAAACCGACAGCAACAACAACAACGCCACAGACAAGCGGCAAGGCUUUAAAUUGAAAAAGAGAUAGAAAUAAAGCAGUCGGCGCCUUUUAUGAAGCGCCACUUAAAUCGUAUGCUAAACAGUCUAGCGCAAUCACUUGCAUAAAACAGGAAUAGGAAUUGCUAGCUUCUCUAUUCAUUAAAUUGCCUUGCGGCUGCUUUGGCUGUGCGCCAUAAAAUCAACCCACAAAGCGAGUUAGAAGUAUUUAUUGGAUUUAUCUUGCUUUGGUCGGACGCCCGGCAACAUGUGACGCGAAGGCAGACGAUACAUCAUCAUAAAUUAAAUGAAUAGCAACAAAAAGAUAUUAAAACUCGAAUGGAAUUUUAGUGGACUAUUAAAAUGGUUUUAAUCCAACCGCACUUGAACUAUUUCUGUUGAUAAACCCGGGACGAGGAGCUCGAGAACGGCCAUCAGACUGGAGGCCUCACUCACCCUGAAGCGCAUUUUUGCACGCAAAAUUGCCUAUAAGACGAAUUCGAAGCUGAACUCGAAUUCGAAAUUCAAAUCGAAAUCGACUCUAGCGGCCAUGCGAACUAAACAUUUGAUAUUGAUAUUAAUCGGUGUGAUAAUCGCAACGCUCGUAUUCAUUGUCUUUGGACCGGCUGGCGAACCGAACGACUCAUUCAAGCACAUUGUGGUGCAGACCCAUCAACAACUUAAAGAGUUUCAGGAGAAUCUGCGCGUUGGGCUGGAACGCAAAAAGCUCGAGCUCGAUCCAAAGUAUUUGCUGCUCUUGGGCUUCACGUCGCCGCUGAGCACAAAAGAUGACGCAUCACAGCAGCCGGCAGAGAGCGGCAAGCAGAAGCAGGUGCAAACUGAUGUACCUGUCACGUCGAAGCGCGAGCUCCAGCAGCAGCAGCUGAUGGCGGGCCGCGGGCAGGCGGCUGAGCAGGAGCUGCUGCUGCUGCAGCAGGUGGAGCAAAAGAGCCAGCGCAAGCGGAUCACGACGCCGUACAACAAUACCAAGUCGAACUUCACCAUAGUCAGCUACGUGCAGGAGGGGCAGGUGUCGUCGGUGAUACUGCUGGCGCAGAAUAUCGCGGCCAAGCUGCCGAACGAGUCGCUGCUCAUCUACGACCUGGGCGUGUCCGAGGAGCAGCUGCGCUCCCUGAACGCCUGCUGCAACAGCAGCCGCUGCACCGUCAUCACCUAUGACCUCUCGGAGUUUCCGUCGUUCGUCAGCGAUCAGCGAACCCAUGCAUAUCGUCCAAUUGUGAUAAAGGAUGCUCUGAUGCGAUCCAAAUCGAUCUUGUUUCUCGAGAACUGUAUGCGGAUCCGUGGCAGCUAUCGCGACUUGCAGCAGCUGCAGAAUCGCGCCCUGGUGGCCGGCGUCCUAGGUUGGAAUACCCCAACGGCCGUCUCCUCGCGCACUCAUCCAAAGAUGUUCGACUACUUCGAGUCGGACGCUGAGAAUUUCAUAUUCCUUCGCAUGGUGGACCUCGACGUGGUCUUCUUUGCGGACACUCUGUUCGUGACGGAGAAGAUUAUGUUGCCCUGGCUGAAAUGUGCUUUGACCAUGGAGUGCAUCGAUCCAAUUGGUGCCCAAUCGAAUGGCUGCAAAUUCAACAAAAAGCCACUCUAUCGCUACUCGGGCUGCCAUGGCUAUGAUGCAUCCGCUUUCAACAUAGUGCUCGGUCUGACUUGGCAUCUGGACGACACGAAAUAUUCGCUGUCCAGCGAUGGCACCAAAGAGAAUCUGUUCUAUAAGGAGACACUGGAGCAGGCGAUCAAGAUAUUGGAGAGUCGACGACGUAAUAACAGCGAUACAUCCGAUCAUCCAUUUACGGAGGACUGAGCAUUUGAUAUAUAUAUAUACUAUAUAGAUAUAUAUGUAUUGAUUUGUAUAUAAACACAGACUCAGGAGACGGCUGGAUAGAAAAGAGGAAAUCAAAUUCUAACUACUUACACUAUACUGCUUAUAGAGUUUAUUACUUAGAGAACUAUACAAGGAGCUAUACGAGGGAGAGAAUGUUCAUAGUAUAGCUUUGAUCAUAUAUAUAGAUAUAUAAAUAUAAUCUAUAGGAUUCAUAUGACCAGAGCAGCAGCAGCUUAUGCCUCAGUUACU